UGGUUCUCGGGCUGAGGAUGGAGCGCUUCCUGGGCUUGGUGAAGCAGAUCCGGAGGUCUCGCCGCAGGAAGGGUAAAAAGUACCGGCCAGAGGAGGACUACCACGAGGGCUACGAGGACGUGUACUACUACAGCACCCAGCCCCUGCAGCGAGAGCCAGGACCCCCGCGUUCACACUGGGAUGAGGGGCCUUACACGAAGCACGCUAACUCCUCCAGGCCAGCAGAGGGCGCUCUGGCCGUCAGGAGACAGAGUAUCCCAGCGAGGUUCAGGGGUGAGACGGUGGUGGAGCUGAUGAAGAAGGAGGGCACCACACUGGGCCUCACCGUCUCCGGCGGAAUCGACAAGGACGGCAAACCCCGCGUGUCCAACCUGCGCCAGGGAGGCAUCGCAGCCAGGAGUGAUCAGCUGAAUGUAGGAGACUACAUCAGGGCGGUUAACGGGAUCAAUCUGACCAAGUUCCGGCACGAUGAGAUCAUCAGCCUGCUGAAGAACGUGGGGGAACGGGUGGUGCUGGAGGUGGAGUACGAGCUGCCCCCCGUCUCUGUUCAGGGCUCCAGAGUGGUGUUUAAGACUGUGGAGGUCACCUUGCAAGAGGGAAACACGUUUGGGUUCGUCAUCAGAGGAGGCGCCCAUGAGGACAGGAACAAGUCCCGCCCCAUCGUCAUAACAACCAUCCGGCCUGGAAGCCCGACGGACAGGGAGGGCACAGUGAAGCUUGGCGAUCGGUUGCUGAGCAUUGAUGGGAUCCGGCUCCAGGGCACGUCGCACUCAGAGGCCAUGAGCAUCCUGAAGCAGUGCGGGCAGGAGGCCACGCUGGUGAUCGAGUACGACGUGUCUGUCAUGGACUCGAUAGCCACCGCCUCCGGGCCUCUGCUCGUGGAGGUGGCCAAGUCUCUGGGCUCCAGCCUGGGAGUGGCGCUGUCUACCUCUACGUACUGCAACAAGCAGGUCAUCGUCAUCGACAAGGUCAAGCCCGCCAGCAUCGCAGACAGGUGCGGGGCGCUGCACGCGGGUGACCACAUCCUGUCGGUGGACGGCACCAGUAUGGAGUUCUGCUCCCUGGCCGAGGCCACUCAGCUGCUGGCCAGCGCCUGUGAGCACGUCAAGAUGGAGAUCCUCCCCCACCACCAGACCCGGCUGGCCCUCAAAGGGCCCGAGCAAGCUCUGGGCUCGUCCUUCUCUCCGACCUCGAUGAGCGCGUACAGCCUGAGCUCCCUGAACAUGGGCACGCUGCCCCGGAGCCUGUAUCCCACAAGCCCCCGCGGAACCAUGCUGCGCAGGAAACUCAAGAAGAAGGACUUCAAGAGCUCCCUGUCCCUGGCCUCCAGCACGUUGGGGCUGACGGGGCAGGUGGUGCACACUGAGAGCACCGAGGUCACGCUGGUCAGCGACUCCAUCAUGGGCUUCGGGAUCCAGCUGCAGGGCGGGGUCUUCGCCACGGAAACGCUCUCCUCCCCCCCCCUCAUCGCCUACAUGGACCCCGACAGCGCAGCAGAGAGGUGUGGGAUCCUGCAGAUCGGAGACCGGAUCCUGGCCAUUAACGGCAUUCCCACCGAGGACAGCACGCUGGAGGAGACCAAUCAGCUGCUCCGAGACUCCAGCAUCACCAACAAGGUCACCCUGGAGAUCGAGUUCGACGUGGCAGAGUCAGUGAUUCCCAGCAGUGGCACUUUCCAUGUGAAGCUGCCCAAGAAGCCAGGAGUGGAGCUGGGCAUCACCAUCAGCUCCCCCUCCAGCAGGAAGCCUGGAGACGCCCUCAUCAUCUCCGACAUAAAGAAGGGCAGCAUGGCCCACAGGACGGGGACUCUGGAGCUGGGUGAUAAGCUGUUGGCCAUUGAUAACAUCCGUCUGGAGAACUGCUCCAUGGAGGACGCGGUGCAGAUCCUGCAGCAGUGUGAGGACCUGGUCAAGCUCAAGAUCCGCAAGGACGAGGACAACUCAGAUGAGCAGGAGAGCUCAGGCGCCAUCAUCUACACGGUGGAGCUGAAGCGGUACGGCGGCCCGCUGGGCAUCACCAUCUCCGGCACCGAGGAGCCCUUCGACCCCAUCAUCAUCUCCAGCCUGACCAAGGGAGGCCUGGCAGAGAGGACCGGGGCGAUCCACGUGGGGGACCGGAUCCUGGCCAUCAACAGUAACAGCCUGAAGGGGAAGCCCCUGAGUGAGGCCAUCCACCUCCUGCAGAUGGCGGGAGAGUCCGUCACCCUCAAGAUCAAGAAGCAGGGCGAGCUGGGCAGUCCCCAGCAGCCCUCGGUCUCGGGUGGGCUCAGCGAGCUAAGCGACGGAGAGGACCAAUCACAGGCGGCGCAGAAGGGCGUGAAGCUGUCGGACGUCUUCUCCACCACCAUCCCCAGCGUGGACAGCGCCGUGGAGUCCUGGGACGGCUCUGCCAUCGACACCGUCACCAGCAGCCAAGCUCCAGGAUACCAGGCCUCGGCCUACAGCUUCCACAGCCAUGAGUGGAGGAGCGCCAAGCCCAGGGGCAGCCUGUCGCCCGGCAACAGCCACCCGAGGCGGAACAACAACGUCCUGCAGGACCUGGGCCUGAGCGACGACGAAUGGGAGCGCCCGGUCGCCAGCGGGUUCACCGUGGGGCAUGAUGGGACGGAACCCGACCAGGAGGAGAAUUUCUGGUCCCAGGCGCUGGAGGACCUGGAGACGUGUGGCCAAUCCGGUAUCCUGAGAGAGCUGGAGGACCAGCCAGACAGGCUUCUGAAUAAGAGAAACCUGGCAAUCCUGGCCACCAUCAUGUCGGGCAGCAGCCUGAGUCUGAACCAGGACCCCGGGCCCCUGAGGACCCCGCUGGGGCGGCAGGCCAGCUUCCAGGAGCGCAGCUCCAGCAGGCCCCAGUACAGCCAGGCCAGCCGCAGCAACACCCUGCCCACCGACGCGGGCCGCAAGGCCUUCGCCAUGAGGAAGAUGAGGCAGGAGAUGAAGGACAUCAUGCUGCCCACGCCCGUGGAGCUCCACAAGGUGACGCUGUUCAAAGAGCUGGACGAGGAGGACUUUGGGUUCAGCGUGUCGGACGGGCUCCUGGAGAAGGGCGUGUACGUCAACAACAUCCGGCCCAGCGGCCCGGGGGAGCUGGGCGGCCUGAAGCCCUUCGACCGGCUACUGCAGAUCAACCACGUGCGCACGCGGGACUUUGACUGCUGCCUGGUGGUGCCUCUGAUCGCCGAGUCGGGAAACAAGCUGGACCUGGUGAUCAGCCGGAACCCCCUGGCCCUCCAGGAGCCGGCGGAACCGGGCCGGGGGCCCGGCGGGGAGCGGGCAGACUGGACCGAACCGGAACACCCGCUGCUGCCGCCCGCCAGCCCGCACAACUCCCGGCUGCCUGCAGAGGGCGCCAGAGAGCCCACCAACACCUUAUAGCACAGCCUCCCCUGAGCCCGAGAGAGACCCGUCCCGCAUGGUGCUAAUAAUGAAAAGGGAAAAACAAACAGCAAAAAAGCAGACCGUGAGUGACAGGGCCGCCGUCCUGUGUGGGAGACUGACGGCGGCCAUUUUGAUGAAGCACACCCAGUUCCCCCCCCCCCCCCCCCGAACCCUGUUGCCAGGAUACGAGCCACAGAGAGAAGUGCCACUGACACACGACCGACCGUCUUCUGUCUGCGCGUGACGUGCGUCUCGUUCCCGAUGACGCCCGAGGAAGAUGUCGGAGAACACGCAUGUAACCGUGCCAACCCCUGCUCUGUCACUCAGACUGUAGCACAAGCACAGAGACGUGUGCAGUCACCGCAAGACUGGCCCACUGCUCUGUGUGCUGGACUGCGGUACGUACAGGUGAAACACAGGCUCUGUGUGUUGGACUGUGGUACGUACAGGUGAAACACAGGCUCUGUGUGCUGGACUGUGGUACGUACCGGCCACAAACGCACCCCCCUGACCCCUG